CGUCCCUCCCUUCCCUCCGCCUCCUGUCGUCACCCUGGACACGUGUGAGGCAGCCCAGUGACAACUACAGCUCUGGCUGGGGCUACAUAAUCCUGGAAUGAGCGGCAGCAUCUGUGGUGCUCCGGAGGACGCCGUAAGCAGCCGGGAGUGGGGAAUUCUGCCGGUAAUCCCUCCCUGCCUGCCUUUCCUUGUGCCGGCCACGGGAACAUGAAGGCUGCCCGUGUCCCCGUGCGGCUGCCGCUGCUGUGGGCCCUGUGCCUGGCGACCCUGGCUGGAGCGCAACCCAAAGCGUCUCGGAGGUGUUCCAUAGAGUGCAGAGCUUUCACAAAGGAGUUAGCAGAGAAGCAGAUCAGGAGAUAUCGCUUGACCGAACCCAGCUGCAAAAAACAAGCCAUCAUAUUUAUUACUUUGAAGAACAAGGAGAUUUGUGCAGAUUCAAAGGAAGGCUGGGUGCAGAAGCUCAAAGAAAAACUGGAUGGGAAAAAUGCCACAGUGAUGCCACCACAUGUCACCUCAGCAGAAGAGCCUGGUAGUCUUGAGAGACAAGUUGGUCUUCCAAAAGUGGCUCCACCUCAAGCCACUGCUCCACCUAGUUUCUUCCAAGGGGCUGGAACAACCCUUAGGGAGAGUAUACAUGCUCCUGCUGCCAGCACAGAGGUGUCCAGCACGUCCCCACUGGGCAGGCAGGACCCCACCCAGCUCCCUGCAGGAUCCACCUCCGUGGCACAGGAAGAGGCUGUGCACUCUGAGGUCGCUCCCAAAGCAAAGAGAGUGUCCUCAAAUUCUCCCACACCUUCAUCAGCUGUUGCAGCAGGCGUGGGCUCCAGCCAGCCCACCCCACACCCCGCUGUUCAAGGCACAGCUUCUCCUAACUCCAAUUCAGACCUGAGGGAUGCUGCUAGAGGAUCAAACCAACCUGUACUUCCUACAAAUGGAUCCCUGGACCCUACAAGUGCCAGAGCCAACACACCAGACACUGCUUCCAGCAGCUCAAGGUCAGAUCUCCCCUCCAUCUGGGACAGCAUGAAGACCACAACAAUCACAGAGACAGCACCACAGAUUAUUUCAGUUUCUACUUUAAGCUCCACCACUGCCACAGGCAAAACUGCUUCUGUCCAUACCAACAGGGUUGUUGGUCCCUCUGCAGAUGUGUUUGGUACCACAGCAUUUGAUCAUUCAUUGCCUGUAGGGAAGCAAGAGCCUUCAGACACAGUUUUUACUCACCGUGCAUUCUCAGGCCAAGCCAGAGUGCAGAUGAUCACAGUCAGGCCAAAAAAUCUGCCCCUGCCCAGCUUCUUGUCAAAGUCUCAAAUGCACUUUGUCAUCCCAGUUUCUGUGGUGUGUGGACUGAUGGUUAGCAGUGUUGCUCUUGUAUGGGUGUAUCUGAAAUUUGGAGUCAAACCAGAAGAAACGUCAAGAGAAAUGGUACAGGGCUUGCUCUACCAGCAGGCAGGACAUCAAGACAAUGCCUAUCCAAUGGAAGUAAUAUGAAUGCUUCAUGGCAUGGACAUUUCUGGCCUCAACUGUAUGUGUGAUGCUGCAGAAAAGCUCUUCAUGCUGAACUGAUGACCAGUAGGAAGAAAGCCUGAGUAUAAAAAUCACAGAGAAAACUGAUUUUUUUUUUUUGUAGAGCAGAAUGCCCAACAAUAGAUCUACUUCAUCAUUGACCAAUCACAGUGUUUUGGAAAUAAGGGAGACACUUCUUUUCUACUGGCACUGUCAUGUACAAAGGCUGUGGCUGUUCUAUUGCUGUUGGUGGCUUUUUGCCAGGUGAUUUUCCAAGUCACUGUUGGGAAUUUUUCUGUGGUUCAUCAUGGCCCAGGCAAGAAGUCACUCACCCACCCACACUGCUGGACUUGGGCUCAGCCAGCUUGAGCAAUCUUAACACCAAACCCACACAAUUUGCACUUAAAUUCUCUGCUGCUUCUUUCUUUGCACUUCAGGUCUCUGCUCUGUCAGACCAAGACUGAAGCUGGUGGCCAGCUGGGUGCUGGCUCUCCUUGGGCUGAUAGAAUUUACCCUCAUCAUUUUCUUUUGCUGGAGACAUGAGGGAUGGCCCAGCUUUUCAGGAAUAAUUGACCAACGCUGCGUCUGAUCAGGGGACUGAAGGUCAGUGCUACAGAUCUUAUAUUCAGAGAAGCUGGCAGCCCACAGUCUUUCUCCUCCUUGAAAUCAGGCCCUUCCUUUUAGCAGCUAUGGGUAUUUCUUCUUGCAGAUGAAUUCUAAGAACUGAUUCUUGGCAAAUCAAUGCAAUAAACCCCUUCUGCCAGCGGAUGCACCUUGUGUCCUGCUGCAACCAGCAGCAGAGCAGGAUAAUGCUGAUGAAUCUUCGCAAAUGGGAGAAAACAAGGAGUCACCCAAUAAUUUUCCUAUUCCUGUGUUAUCAUUGGAACAUUUUUGCUGUUCUCUGCAAGCACAAAACCCAGGAAGUGUGGAGCUAAAGGCAAUUCUGAAUGUAGUCAUGCAGGAAUUACUCUACCACGGCAGACAUAACAUCCUUUUGAUCCCAUUUUCUCUCUAGAAAUAAGCACAUUUGCUGAUCCACAAAAAAAAAAGAAGCACGAAAUGCCUGUUCCUGGUCCUAUACUUCAGCCACAUUUUAGUUUUUCCACUUUGAGUAGCACUGAUCACCAGGCUAUGAAAGUAUUGUAACAGAACCAGGCUUUUUUUAACCCCAAAUUGUUUUUGAUUUUUACACAUCCUGACAUUGCUGUACAUAAGUCUUAUGUUUUAUCUGUGGUCAAGUCCUGAAAGCCCUUAUUAAACUUUGACUCUGGGAUGAAUUCUGCUGGGGCGUGCAAAGGUCUUCAUGAUAUGAUGCUUUGUAAGUAAAUACAAAUAAAGGGUCUGAUCCUAACCAGCCUCAGUGGAUCAGACCCCUAAGUACAAACAUGCAUGCAGAAAAUGAAAGGAAAAACAUAAUAAGCAAGAUCAUCAGAAAUGAUGGGCCAGCUGUAAAGCAGAGCUCGAGGAAUGCUGCCUGUAAGAUCUGUCAGUGCUCAAAAUGCACCUCCAGGGCAUCCAUCCAGCCCUGCAGGGGGAGAGGACAGACUACAACUGUUUGCUUUCUGCCAUCACACAUCCCUUCUGCAUUUUGCUGACUUGAGAGAUUCAUCUCGGCCUUUGCAAGUACAGGAUGCAAUCAGAUUAAUUGCAGUGAUUAACUUGGAGUGAAAUCCUUCCUUGAGCAGCAGCUCAGCUGUGGAACUCUGGUUGGGGUUGAUUUUCCUAGAGGGUAAAUCUGGCUCUGCCAGUGCCACCUCCCCUUGCACCCCACUUGUGCACAGCUGGAACUCAUGAGGUGGUGUACUGUGGCAUUAUUUUUAUAUGAAAAACUAGAAAUGUUAUUUUUGUAAAAAAGUUUUAUAGCUUUUUGAAUGUAUGUAAUGUCCUAUCUGAGCUGCUUGGAGCCGAGACCUUUUUGGCAGUGCUGGAAAACACUGUGCCUUGUCUAUUUUGUUGCUGGUCUUAGAUGGCUUGUGCAUGGGAGCUGGAUCACUCUCCAGGCCCUUCAGCAAACAGGGUGGACAGCUGUCUGCUGCAGGUGAAGUGCUUGUCUUGGAGCAGUGCUGGGAGACGGAUGUGCACCAGUCAGAUCACUUGGAGUCCCACCAGGCUUUGAAGGACACUGCUUUCAGCUCCACCACCAGCUCCCACCCUCUCCCAGCUGCUGUGAUCCCACCAGAACUCAUCAGGAGCUGCUUCUCCAGGCUGGCCCUGUCCCUGUGCUUUCCCUGCUCCCCUCUCCUGUGCCUCGGCUGCUUGUGGGCAGGGUGCUGGCACCCUCCCAGGGGACAGGUGAAACCAGGACAGGGGGACACUGCUGCUCCUCUCUCUGCAAUGGGCACUCUGGGAGGGAGGGAGGAUGGAGCCUGUGGGUGUCACCCAUUUCUGGGGGUUAAAAUACCACUUGCUGUAGAGCACAGUGACUGUUACAAGCUCCAGUUCAUUUGUAUAUUGAGUGUGUGCAUGAGGUAUGAGCUGUACAUUUUUAUAAAAGUAGAAGUAAUAAAGUCCUUAUGUUAAAAAUUUCAUCCUCAGGGGAUUGAGCCUUGAGCUGGGUUACCAAGCCCGGUCCCUGCAGAGAUGGACACCUAUGACUGAGUGGAAAGCAUCCCAGCAUCACCAAGAGAUGGCAAAGCUGGCACAGCUGGAUGUGGCCAGGCUGUUGCUCCAUCUCCUUUAAGGGUUUUGAUCUUGCAGAUAUUUGCAAGAACUAUAUUUCCUCACAGGGAUUUGUGUUUCCCAUCUUAGUAAGGAAAUAGGGAAAACAAACAGCUGGGGUUUUGCAUUGUUUACACAAAGCUAAGGCCAAACAGCAGCUCAGAGACAGCAAACCUUACACUCCAAGUGUGUUCUCUGAGGAGGCAGGAGGGCAAAGGCUGAGAUGGGACCUUUCCCACCCCAGCCAGAGCUUGGGCUACCCUUGUGUGCUACUCUCUGGUGCUGGAGAGGUGGGAAGAGUAACUCUGUGAAAGAGUCAGUUCUCAGGGGUUUGCCUGGAGUGGGGAGCUGGCAGGAGUAAGAGGGUCAGGGAUGAGCAUCUUCCCUAAAUUUCAGGAGCUCUCAUCCCAAGCAUCUCUCAGCCCCGUGCCCUUCUAGGCACAUGCGGAAGUCAAUGAAAAUUUCCUGCAGCUGAGUCACCAGCAAUCCAGGCCAGGAAGGACAUUUGGGGGAUAGCAAAACUUGAAGGAAACGAAAGUACUUUUUUUUUUUUCAAUUUCAUUUCUCCUCUCUGUUGAGGACAGGGCAGGCAAGGAAGGAGGCAGUGCAAACAAGCCAGGCCUGACCGGAUGAGUCAUUUCUGAUUAUUUCCUACAGGCAGAGCUGGCGCCAGCAGGGCUGUUCAGGGGCUCCUCUGGAGUUUUUGGGUGCUCAGUCCCUGGGCUGUGAAUGGCACACACUCCCUGGCUUUGCUGGUGUUGGUGUCUGGCAGUGCAGGGAAAAACCUUGUGCCAAGGGUGUCCCUCCACACACCUUCCCCUGCUCCUCCUGGAGCUCCGUGGGCUGCCUCAGGGGUAGAGUUUGGUCCAGAGGAUUAUUAAUGCCACAUCUGUUCUGCUCAGGGGGAUGAGAGGUGCAUUCUGCAUGUGGUAUGAAAGAUGCACGUCCUGCCUUGAUGCUUCCCCAGAGCCCAGGGGAGAUGGGGGACCCAUGGUCACGAAGUGACCUCUCUCAGCCCUUACGAACCCACAUGUUUCAUUUCCAGCUCCACAACACCUCCUCUAUGUCAUUAGCAGCUGUUUUAAUUGAGCUUGUGAGAAGGAGAAGUCGCAGGGGCUCCACACAGGCUCACCUCCAUCUCUUCCUGUCCCCACAUGAUCCACAAUGUCAGGCCUUGAGGGCACUAAUUGGCCAUAAUCAUCCUGACCAGCCUCAUCUGUGGGUGUAUUCACCCCCACAACACCUCCCAGUCCUCUGCCCAAGCCUCAGGAGCCCCAUCUAAGCUCAAGCUUGAGCCUCUGGUCCCUGCUGCCUUGUGAGGGCUGCUCUGAUGUCCUGGCUCUGAUCCAGUCUCUUGGGCAGACCUUGGAUCUGUGCUGCAGGCAUCUCGUCUCCUGGCUGGAUGGACCCUCUGGUGCUGGAGCCCUGUCUCUGUCCCCAUCUCCUGUUCCUGCUGAGAAGGUUUCCCAGCCUUCCCAAAUGGAUUCUGGAUUUGGUUCCUUAUGCUGGUGUGCCUGGGGCCAUUGAUGGAGGCUCUGACCCUGUGCUCAGACCCUGUGGGCUGUCACCUCACUGCUGAGGACGCUGCCUGUGCUGGGGUCACUCUUGGCCCCUGGCUUGUCCCCUCCCACUGCUCCUGCAGUGGAGCUGGCAGUGAGACACCUCUGCCAUCAUCUCCUCCAAGCUCUGACUUCUCCCCAGGGCGGUGUGUGAGGUGGAGAAGAGGAGAUGCCGCCUCCAUCCUCUCUGCUUUGGGCUGUGAUUUCUGACAUGUCUCAGCACCGUCUCUUUCCUGCGAAAUGUUGCACAAGAACUCUCAUUUUUUGGGCAGCCUCUGGUGAAGCUGAUGCACCACCACUUUCACGCUGCUGGCUCAGCAAAGGGCAGGAUGUCCCUCAGCUGCUUUGGCCCUCAGGGUAAGGGACCACAGUUCUGCUUCUUGGCUGUGGUUCUGCUGGGCUUUGCAUUUGCUAAAUCUCCACUUUAAUGAGAAUUGUGUCCCUGUUGAUGUCACUGCAAGGGCUGCUCUUGCUGCUGAAGUCCCCCCUGGGUAACAGGGAGGUUGCUGGGACCUCUUUGGAGACUGUCACAGGU